UAUUUGUACAGUAUGUGAUUGUUUAUGUAUUUGGUUUUUUUUUUCUUUUAAUGAGAGAAAGGGUCUCUCUAAUGCAUCCGAUCCACAUGGAGUCUUGAAUCCUCGCUGCUGAUUGGCUGCUGGCUCCUGCCUCUUGUUGGGAUGGACCUGUUGGAUAAAGAGACAAUUUGCUAAAGAAUCGCACACUUGUGCACAACAUGCACUGGGAACCUGCCUACUAGAUCGCAUCCUCAAACCUUCCCGAAGCCGACUCGCCAUGACGGGCAAACACGGCUCAGUGCAGCUGUCGGAAAGUUUGAACCCAGCAGAGAGAGUACAUCCUUUGGGAUCCAAUGGCGAGAAGAGCAGCAUCGUCAACCACCAGGCCAAAAGCACCACGACCCACCCACCCAGCAGGUGCACGAGCUUCGGCAUCCAGGAGAUCCUGGGGCUCAACAAGGAGCCCUCUGCGGCCCCGAGAACCCCCUUAGGCUCGUUGCCGGCCGGGGCACAUUUCGUCGCCGCUCGGUCUAUGCUGGGCCCCGCCGGCCUUGCUGUAGGGAUGGGAUUAAUCGGCCCCGGUGGAAUUCCAGCGUUUUACCGCCAACCUGCGUUUUUGGAGCGUGUGCUGGACCCGCAAGAUGUUCACCUGCAGCCGCAAAACACUUUUGGCCGGCUCGACGCCAGCCAGUCUGCAAGCUCCGACUCUGAGGAUUUGUCCUCCAAUGAAAGAAAACUGUCCAAGUCUUUAAUAAGUCAAAGCAAGAAACGCAAGAAAAGACGUCAUAGGACAAUAUUCACGUCUUAUCAGCUGGAGGAGCUGGAAAAGGCCUUUAACGAGGCCCAUUAUCCAGAUGUCUAUGCCAGGGAGAUGUUGGCCAUGAAAACAGAAUUACCUGAAGACAGAAUACAGGUGUGGUUUCAGAACCGCAGAGCCAAGUGGAGGAAGAGGGAGAAGUGCUGGGGUCGCAGCACCGUCAUGGCGGAGUAUGGCCUCUAUGGUGCCAUGGUGCGACAUUCAAUCCCUCUGCCUGAGUCCAUCCUCAAGUCCGCCAAGGAUGGCAUCAUGGAGUCCUGCGCUCCCUGGUUGUUAGUUCAAGAUGGCUUACCAGUCAGCAGAUGCUAUUCUAAAUCUGAAUACCCGCAACUCUUUGCAGGGAUGCACAAGAAGUCCAUGGAGGCUCCAGCACCCCCUGAAGCGCCGCCGGCGGCCGCCAAGUGCAACGAGACCCCGCGGCCGAGCUCUCAGAGACCCGAGGACUCUGAGACGGCGGAGCGGAUGUCAAAGGGCAAGUCGUCCAUUUCUAAAGAGGAACUGAGAGAGAACAGCAUUGCUGCCCUCAGGGCCAAAGCACAGGAGCAUAGUGCCAAAGUGCUGGGGACGGUUUGUCACGGUAACACACUGGAAGACGAGGAGGAGCAGGAGGAGAAGACCAGCGCUCCUCUGAGUCCUGCGGAGGAGACACAAAGUAAAGACUGACACAGCAAACUGCUGCCUACACUCAACUCACCUCUCACCUCUGCUUGGUGGGGAAUAUGAGCUGCAAACACACUUUUCCUCCCUAAAAUACUCGCAAAACUUCCAUCCCGAAGAUGAUGGUCGUAUCAGCAGAGCUUGUGUUGCACCACAAUCUGACCUCAGUGGUCCUUUACUGACUGUGGAAACGUUCUUUUUUAAGGAACGUGUUUGUAGUCCUGUGUUCUGCUGUAUCCAUUCAUUGUGAUCACGUGUUUCACUUCAAAGUAUGUAACUCACUAAGCAUCCAAGGGAAAUGACACCUUUCAUUAUUAAAUGUGACUUUCUGGUGUCCAUCAUUCAAGGAAAAUAAUGUUAUUUUCUCAUCCUGCAAAAGAUACUUGUUGAUGUCCUUCUCCUCCCUCCCACCCUCUGGUUGCAUGCCUGGGUUGGUUCUUAUAAUCCGUUCGCAUCUGAGAUGAAAUUAGGGAGGAGGAGGGGUGAAAUAGUGAAAGCCGCCAUCACGAGCAGAGGAUGCCUGCUUUCAAAUGACUUGAACAUGUUUAUCCAUGCUUCCAUCCAUCCAUCCAUACUUGUUGGCAGUCUUUACGCUGCUGCUCCUGCUUCAAACAUCUCACAUCAAAGCACUUGAAGG